AUACCCUGCGGCAGGUCUGCAUGCAAAGCUCUUCAAUGGCGGCCGACCUUGAAGAACCAGAGCCCGAGAGACAGAGCAAGCGCAGGAGAUUCGAGAAUAGAAUGAAGCUUCUCGUUGCGGAGAAAGUUGAGGUUAGGAGUUUGGAAGAUGGAUUUCUGGGUUCAUGGCACUCAGGAACAGUGAUUGCCUGUGAAAAUCAAGCCCGUUGUGUCAAAUAUGAUCAUAUUCUAAAUGAUGAUACAUAUGAAAGCCUUGUUGAACGAGUGGUUGUUUCUGGCGUCAUCAAUGGCGAUGCCAUUUCUGCCGGGGGAGCUUCCUGUAAUUCCCGGGGGCUGAUAAGGCCAUUACCGCCUCACUGGGAUUGUGGGAAGUGGAGCUUCCACUAUGGACUCUGUGUGGAUGCCUUUUACAGGGAGGCUUGGUGGGAAGGGGUGAUAUUUGAUCAUGAUGAUGGUUCACAGGAGAGGAAAAUUCUUUUCCCGGACCUGGGCGACGAAUUGAAUAUUGGAAUAGACCUUUUGCGGGUUACUCAGGAUUGGGAUGAAGCCACAGAGGAUUGGAAGCUGCGGGGAGACUGGGUGUUUCUUGAACUGAUCGAUGAAUACGAGCAAGAAUGGCCUCUUUUUGUUUCUAUUAAGCAAAUUUGGUAUGACAUGCGGACAAAGAAGGGUUUUGAAAAGGUGGGGGAGUGGACUUGUUCCAUGAAAGAUGCAUGGAGAGAGUUGGUGUUGGAGACCAUUGAGGAUAACUUUAAGCUGACCGUAGAUAAGUUUUUGGAUGAAUUGGGUUUUUCAGGGUGUUUGGGACAAGUAGGGGAAUUGGAGCUAUCUGAUUUCGUUCCUGCUCUUGAUGCUGAUUUGGCUAAAUCUGGUGCUGUGGUGCCUGUUAAGAAUGUCUGUCCUCGGGAUGGAUUGGACGAUCGUAGUAUGGAGGUUGACAAUGAUGAAGUGGGGCAGAUGCAACCUCAGGCUUUGUCUGUUUUACCAUCCAAGCCAGGCCGAAGUUCUGGUAUGAGUUCAUUUACCAACAGUGAAGGAUUUUUUAGCACCCAUUAUGAUGAGCUCAAGCAGAUGCCAACACAUGCAACAUGUACAAGAAGAAAAGCAUGGCUGCCUGUUGGCCAUGACAUAGUUCCUGGAGCCGAGUUCUGCCCAAGUGCUGUCAUUGAAUAUGCCCGUAUUUCUGCUGACAACAAGAAACCUUCAAAUUCUCUUGCAACAAAUGUUAGGAAACAUCUCUCAUACCUGGGCUGGAAAAUGGAGUUUAAAAGGGAUACCAUACUGCUCUCUAGCAAGAACUGCAUGACAAAGAAAGAACAUAAUAUGGUUAGACUGCGUUACUUGUCACCUGAUGGGAAGAAAUAUUAUUCUCUUUCUCAGCUUUGCCAGGAUUUGAGGGAGACUCUUGCUGAAAUAGAUUCUCUUGUCAAUGAAGAUGAAUGUAGAAGUGUAGAUACUUUGCCUAGUGAUUUGUUCUCAUCUCAGCUUCUUGUGCAAUCAGAUGUAAAUGAGUGCUUACCUGUGCCUUCACCUUCUGAUAAUGAUGGCAGCGAUAAUGUUGAUGUUUUUAUUGAACCUGAAUAUUGUCCUCAAGCUGUGCUGAACUGGUGUUUUCUUGGAUCAAGAAAUGACAAAUAUCAGGGAUGGAAGAAGGAUAAUAAGCGUGCUGACCUGUCUUAUAAAGCAAAGAAGCACCUUUCUGCACUGGGGUGGAGUUUUUGGUAUGUACGAAAGCAAACAAAGCGUGAAAUGCGCUAUUGCUCCCCAGGAAAAAAGAUUUUUUACUCACUUCGCACAGCCUGUGAAUACUGCAUAGAAGAAGGAAAUUUUUUUGGUAAAAAUGCCUCCACCUGUAAAAAUGAGGGAAAACUAAAUAUCAGCAAGGAAUCCAAGUUUACAGAAUUUCAGGGAUGUUCCAGAGCACUAAGUUCACUGCCUGAUAAUUGUCCAAUGGAAUCUUUGGAAAUGUCACCCUCAAGAGAACUUGUCGAGGUAGGUAAAAUGAAUGGAGGAAUUAUGAAAUUACGACUGAAGAGAAAGAAUGGUGUAUUACAUAAUUUAGCUCACUUGCUUCAAGGUCAAACAGAAGUCAGUUUACAUGUUAGACAAGAUGAGUUAGCAGUUGGAUCAAUAACCAAUAGAAAGCCAAAGGAAAUGAGGCAUCAGAAUGCCAGCUGUCCAAAGAUGAAGAAGGCAAAGCCGCCUGGAGCUUUGACAUUGGAUGGUAGUUAUUCGACCCGUGUGCUAAGAUCAAAGAAAAGAGCAAAGCAGGUAGUGGCUCCUAGUUCCACACACCACAACCCUAGAACUGUACUUUCUUGGUUGAUAGACAACAAUGUGGUGCUGCCAAGGGCAAAAGUACGUUACAGGAGCAGAAAAGAUUCUCAUUCAAUGGCAGAAGGGCGGAUAACUCGUGAUGGGAUCAAAUGCAUUUGUUGCCAAGAAGUGUUCACUCUCAGGGGUUUUGAAGCUCAUGCUGGCAGCAGUUGCCAACGGCCAGCAGCAAACAUUUUUUUGGAAGAUGGUAGGUCUUUGUUAGAAUGCCAGAUGCAAAUUAAACGGAGCAAUGAUAUAAGCAGCUUUGCUACAGAAAGUCAUCCUGGGGUAAGGGGUGAUCGGCAUCAAUGUGAUAAUGACUACAUAUGCUCUGUUUGUCACUAUGGUGGUGAAUUAAUUUUAUGCGAUCAGUGCCCAUCAUCAUUCCAUAAAAGCUGUCUCGGUCUGAAGGAUAUUCCGGCUGGUGAUUGGUUCUGUCCAUCAUGCUGUUGUAGAAUUUGCGGCGAAAGCAAAUUGAAUGGAAAUAUUGAUGAUCAUACAGAUACUAGUUUUCUCAACUGUGAUCAGUGUGAGAGUCGAUAUCAUGUGUGCUGCCUAAGGAAAGAAGGGCUAGUUAAGCUGGGAAGUAAUCCUAAAGGAAAUUGGUUUUGCAGUAAAAUUUGUGAAAAGAUAUUUUUGGGCCUUGACAAGCUUCUAGGGAAACCAGUACCAGUGGGUGUCAAUCAUUUAACUUGGACUUUGUUAAAAUCCAAAAAAUAUGAUAACCACAGUCCUAAUAUAAAUGAUGUUGAGGCCUUGACGGAGAAUUACAGCAAGCUCAAUGUUGCUGUUGGUCUGAUGCAUGAGUGCUUUGAGCCUGUUAGGGAACCUCACACCAGGAGGGAUCUAGUUGAAGAUGUUAUUUUCAGUAGGAGCUCAGAGCUAAACCGUUUGAACUUCCAAGGGUUUUAUACAGUGCUUCUGGAGAGAAACGAUGAAUUGAUUAGUGUGGGCACUGUAAGGGUCCAUGGGAAGAAGGUGGCAGAAGUACCGCUUGUUGGCACCCGGUUUCAAUAUCGCCGUCUUGGAAUGUGUCGCAUUUUGAUGAAUGAGCUUGAAAAGAAGUUCACUGAAUUAGGAGUGGAGAGGCUGGUCUUGCCUGCUGUUCCGAGUGUGUUGAACACAUGGACUACUUCAUUUGGGUUUUCAAAGAUGACACAUUGUGAGAGACUAGAAUUUUUGCCUUACACUUUCCUGGAUUUCCAAGGUACCGUUAUGUGUCAGAAACUCUUGAAAAGUACCCCUUUAAUGGAACCAAGAGGAAUUCCGCAUAAACUUCAUGACGAUAUUAAUGCAGCCAAUGAUAAUGAGUUGGAUGGUCACAGUCCCAUCUCUGAAGUAUUUCAAGCAGAACAAAUUGAGGAGAAUGAAAUUGUGGACCAAGGACCAUUGAAUUUGUGGGAUGGAUUCAGAGUAUGGCCCCCAUUGCUAAACAACUAUUUCAUCAAGAAUGAUGGUUCACUGAUCACUGUGAUUUUUGGUAGUGCUAAUGUAGGCGAGAGUAGCAAUGGCAGCUACAGCAUGUCGACUCCUGUUGCUUUGGUGAGGCAAGAAGCUCUCCUUGGACGCAAAACGUGCUGUUGCGAUAUCAGUCUGGAGGGUUCUGUUGAAGAUGCUGAUCAUAAGAAGGAAGUUGGGUAUGUUAGCAAUGACCACAGUUGUUUCAAAUACUACAAGAGACGGAAGAUAUCAUUCAAUGGGGAUUUCUGAACCUGGCUGAAUACAAUUGUAAGUAAGGCCAUAAAAAUUAGUGAGCAGGGAAGAUUUUGUUGAGCUGGUCACCCAGGCUAGUUUGGGCAUGAAAUUUUGCUUUUUUGAUUGUAUGUGCAGAUUCCUUCUCUCCUUGUAAAUGUUAUAUUAAGGUUUGGGGGUCCUGUUUAUUCAUGUAUAGUUGAGGAGAGGUUGCAAUUAAGCAAGCUCAUUUCGAGUUUCUUUUUGCGAGAACAUGGCCACGUUAGUAUCAUUCUAAGUUGGAAAUGGCUUUGUUUAUGUUUUAGUAAGAAGAAUCAUUACUACUAUUAGCUGCUCAA